AUGGCUAACAAAAAUAUCUAUGUUGCUCUGCGACCACGUCCUUUAGAUGCCUCUUCUAGCUGUAUCGAAAAUAUGGUGCUGCGUUUGGAUAUAGAAAAGAAUGCUGUGUGGAUGCAAGAUAACAGCUAUUCAUUUGAUCAUGUUUUUGAUAGUCUUGAUUCAAAUGCUUUAGUAUACAAUGUACUUGUCCCAGAAAGUUUGAAAGUUUUAUUGGAAGGUUUUAAUUUUACAAUCCUUGCUUAUGGCCAAACUGGAUCUGGGAAAUCUUAUACUAUGGGCACACACUAUGAUCAGAGUAAAGAAAUUAACACAAAUAAUGCUGGUAUUAUACCACGUAUACUGCAAGAUUUGUUUGAUGCUAUUAAAAAAAAAGAAGAGGAAGUAGAAACUGCUAUUAAAGUUUCUUUUAUGGAGGUUAUGAUUUACUGA